GGAAGAGACGCAGUGAGUCAGGAGCAGGAGCUGCGGACAGCCUCUAUUUCCAGCAUACAGAGGGAAGAGGAGGAGAGAAGACCGCUGUCCUCGCAGAGUGCAUGCAUUGCGGCUAAGGGAACUAUUGUCAUCUCUUCCAAUCAACGUGUCCUUUAUUCCGUUUUUGAGCACCCAUCUGAUUUCCACCCGUUUUUGCAGAGGAUACAAAGGAAAACUGGCUGUGCACCAUUGCGCAUUUUAUUUCACCAGGAUCCCUCCCCCAUUUUCUUUCGCUCAGGCCUUAGCUUGACUGUAAUCAAGGAGCUUCUCAUUCUGAACAAGAAGACAGGAGGACCCUUUUGCAGUAGGACCGAGUCUCUUUGCUGCAGGUGCCGCUGAUCUGCAUAAAGCAGCUUAAUAAAGCUGUAUGGGCCCCAGUCAGCAGCUUUGGUCUCGCUGUUUUUUCGGUGUUCACCACACGAGGCCCUGGUGAUUACUGCUGGUGUUUUUUCUUUUCUUCUUUUUUGUUUUAUACAUGAAUUUGAAUGGCGAAAUCUGCACAUUGCUGCUGUGAGACGGUAGCCCUGCGUGCAUUUCUAUGUGUUUGCUUUUAAUGUGAGUCUGUGAGGGUGCCUGGGCACCCCCCUCCCCCUCACAUUUCAAACUACACCACCAACAACGUUUUUUUCAUUUUUUAUUUCUUGUCAUUUUAAAGUUGCACGUGGUGAUUAUUUAAAUGCCGGAUCAAUAUUUCAGUGACUAUUGCUGACGGUAAACAUGCUUAGAAGAAUCCUCUCGCUGAACAUCCUCUUGGUCACCAGCCUAUCGUUGUCCAAAAUGGAGAGCCACAAAAAUUCAGCCUCCAUAGAUAUCUGUAGGGACCACUGUGUCUGUGAAGAGCGGGAGAACAUUUUGAACAUCAACUGUGAGAAUAAAGGAUUCACCACUGUCACACAGUUCCAGGCUCCACCAAAUAAAAUCUCACAGCUUUUUCUAAAUGGAAACUUCCUUUCACGUCUCAGUGCCAAUGUGUUUAUCACAUAUGGCAAUGUCACCUCACUGCAUCUGGGGAAUAAUGGCUUGCAGGAAAUUCGAGGUGGAGCAUUCAACGGGCUUCGCUUCCUGAAGCGUCUCCAUUUGAACAACAAUAACCUGGAGGUGAUCAAAGAAGACAGCUUCUCUGUACUAGAGAGUUUGGAGUAUUUACAGGCAGAUUAUAAUUACAUCAGCACCAUAGAGCCAGGUGCUUUCAGCAAAGUGAAUAAACUGAAAGUGCUUAUCCUCAAUGACAACCUAUUGUUGUCUUUGCCUCCUAAUAUAUUCCGCUUCGUGCUGCUCACUCACUUGGACUUACGUGGGAACAGACUCAAGAUGUUGCCCUUUGCUGGUGUACUUGAGCACAUAGGUGGUAUAAUGGAGAUCCAGCUGGAGGAGAACCCAUGGAACUGCACCUGCGAUCUGAUUCCACUCAAAUCAUGGCUGGAUACAAUCACUGUCUUCGUUGGAGACAUAGUGUGUGAGACGCCGUUUCGGCUACAUGGCAAAGAUAUCACACAGCUUAUUAAGCAGGACCUGUGUCCGCGCAGGAACACUGGUGAGCGCAUGCACUUUCCUUCUGACUCCAAAUCUCAAGGUGUCCUGACUCCAACCUACCUCCCUGAAAUAUUUACUCCCACACGUGCUCCAAAAGCCUCUCGCCCACCUAAAAUACGCAACAAACCUACCCCUCGCAUUUCAAAGGACAAACAUGUGUUUGGCCCCAUAAUGGUUUACCAGACACGCUCGCCUGUGCCCAUGCUGUGCCCCAGUGUGUGCAUGUGCACAUCACCAAACCCGGAUAGUGGACUGAAUAUCAACUGUCAGGAGAGGAAACUGCAAAACAUCAGCGAGCUCACCCCCAAGCCCUCCUUUCCAAAGAAGCUUCACCUGACUGGCAAUUAUUUGCAAGUUAUUUACAAAACAGAUCUGACUGAGUACACCGCACUGGAGCUGCUUCAUCUAGGAAACAACAGAAUCGCAGCAAUUCAAGAGGGAGCAUUCAAAUAUCUCACAAACCUUCGAAGACUCUACCUUAAUGGAAAUUACAUUGAAUCGCUAUCUCAGACACUCUUUGACGGUUUGCAGUCGCUGCAGUAUCUUUACUUGGAAUAUAACAUUAUCAAAGACAUUUCACCACAGACGUUUAACUGUCUGCACAACCUCCAGCUGCUGUUUCUUAACAACAACUUGCUAAGAUCACUCCCAGAUAAUGUUUUUGGAGGAACCAUGCUAACAAGACUCAACAUGAGAAAUAAUCACUUCUCUUAUCUUCCAGUUGAAGGCAUUUUGGACCAGCUCUCAGCUUUCAUUCAAAUUGACUUGCAAGAAAAUCCCUGGGACUGUACGUGUGACAUUGUGGCGCUCAAAAAUUGGAUGGAGCUUUCAAGUACAAGUGUGGUGGUCAAUGAGAUAACUUGCGACUCGCCUUCCAAACAUGCUGGUCGCUUGCUGCGUUCGCUUCGUAAUGAGGCCAUAUGCCCUGAGCCAAGUGACGUUCCCCCAUUACAACAUGUCUUUCCUACAAGAACCCCUACUUUUAUUAGCCCUGAAACUAGAGCCACUACUCGCUCCUCUUCUUCUUCUGCUCCAUCCUUUUCCUUUAGCUCCAUCAGUCCCACUGAUUCGAGACCCCAUCCUCCUGACCUGCCUGAGGUGCCACUCUCUGUCCUUAUUCUUGGGCUUCUUGUUGUUUUCAUUCUGUCUGUAUGCUUUGGAGCAGGCCUCUUUGUUUUUCUUCUGAAACGGCAGAAAGGGGUUGAACAUUUGCCCACUAGUACCAAUAACUUGGAUCUUAACUCUCUGCAAAUACAAUAUUGUUCCUACACUCCAGAACCAACGGAGGAGAAAAACUCUCAAAACCCCAUUUAUAACUACAUUCCACCCCCUGUGGGCUCCAUGUGCCAAAACCCUAUUUACCUGCAGAGGGAUUGUAAGCAAGUGACCUAUUACCACAACAUGAAGGAUCUUAGCUUCAGGCCCUUGGAUGCAAAAAGGGAUGAUUCUGUCUCUCACAGCCCUGGGGCCUUUACCAUUAAUACAGUGAAUUUGAUGGAUAAAUCACCAGCACCAUGUAGUUUGAGCACCACAGAGCCACCUGAGAUGCUGUAUCAAAACUUUGGAGAGAAGCCGAACAAAGAUCUCCCCACAGCCGCUGAUAGCCCUCCUUUCAAUUACAACUUUUGCACUUUACCCAGGAGACCUUGCAUUGUGCCUCCCUAUGAGGUAGCAACAGCCCAGCGACAUGUCUCUGACCAGGACAGAUCAAACCAAAUACCAUUUUAUGGUACACCAAGGAAAUAUACUGGACCUGAAAACGCAUCUAGAAACAAUGAACAGACAAUCCUUCUCCCUGGGAAGCUAAAGAAAGAACCAGACUACCUGGAAGUUUUGGAAAAACGGACUGCAAUGAGCCAGCUGUAAAAAUAAAUCAAUCCCUGCCCUAAUAUUCACAAUAACUGUGCACUUACGCAAAUAAUAGCUCUCUCUCUUUAUAUAUAGCUAUUCUAUCUGUUUCUGUUUAAUCUUACAUCAUAGACUGAAAGUGAAGUGGAGCCUUUGAAUUUGUUUUCUGUCUAUAGUUUAUUCAAGUGUUUUAAAAGGAAUAUAAAAGUAUAUAAUUAUGCAAUUCUAUUUUUCCAUCUUGAAGGUAUGAGUCAUAUGUUCACUAUUGAACUUUUCACCUCAAAAAGACUGGUGAUGGGAGGUAAAUCUUGGGCAAGUCUUGUUUGGUAUAGCUUGGAUUUUUAUUUUCCUCUAAUAGACGAAGGAAACAAUCGAUGAAAAAAACAUGUUGGUCAUUAAAAAAUGAUACAGAUUACAGAUUGACAUCUUGUAAAUAGCAUAAACCACAUCAGAGCCCAAAAGCAUUCUAUAAACUCCAACACACUCUGCAAAUAAUAUAUUUUCCAUAGAAAGUGCCGACGAUUCUCUCUGCAAAAUAAAAAAAAAAUAUUACUAUUAAUGUAUUUUUAAAGAAUUACGUUUUACAAUGUAAAGUGUAAAAAAAUGAAAUGGACAAAAUAUUAUAAAAGUGUUUAAAUUUAUGUACAUUUGUUGGCCAGUAUAUUUGUGUUUUUGUUUUUUUUUUUUUUUUUUUUUUUUGCCCUUCUGAAUUUGCAACCUAUGCAUAGUGUAGAGGGGGGAGCAAUACACUGCAGUAAAAUGGCACCAUUAUAAUUCUCACAGAAGCACAUUGUCAAAAGCUGGAGCCUGAGUUAAACUUGUAUAAGAUUAUUUUUGGGUGCUGCAGUGGGGCUGCUGCGUGUUGUGUGUGGGGGUGGAGUUGAAGAAAAUGAAGCAACACAACACGUGUAAACAGUUCUCCUCUUUCCUAGGAAUGAGCUCAAGUCACGGACAUGGAGAAUUUAUAGUCAUUUUUGCCUAGGAACAUAUAACGGAGAUGUUUUUAAGAGCAAUCCUUUAUUGUUUGGCACCAAUAGAUAAACAUUUAUUGCACUUAUUUUUAUUACUGCAUUUAUGAUUGCAUUCAUUGCACUUUUAACCUUAACUGCUCAUUAAGCUUCAUGGUAUUAGAGGACUUGAUUAGGCCAAAUAUAAAAGAAACAAACAAACAAACAGCCUCAGUCAGAAGGCGGUGGUGUAAGGACUGCAGCUGUGCAGACUAAAAAUGCUGCAGUUGUCAUUUGGUCAGAAUCUUUUAGUAAAGAUGAAAAGUCAUUGGUGUGACGGUUGUCUUUGCACCUCAUUGCUGAUUGCUGUUUGGACCACAAGUGCGAACAGAAGUGGUUAGUCCUCCUG